GACAUCUUCCCUUCCGUGCUUGAGAGAACAGCGGAGAACUGUUGUUACAGCAUCUUCCAUUCCACUCCUGGCAGCUGGAUCAGAAUGACGCCUCUGUUCCUGCUGCUCACUGGCCUCUCCACCACGGUCACCUUGGUGUCACCCGCGGCCCUAGAUCCUUGUUCCGCUUACAUCAGUCUGAACGAGCCCUGGAGGAACACUGACCACCAGUUCGACGAGUCCCAGAAUCAACCUCUUUGCGACAACCAUAUGAAUGGGGAGUGGUAUCGCUUCACGGGGAUGGCAGGAGAUGCCAUGCCCACCUUCUGCAUACCAGAAAAUCACUGUGGGACCCAUGCUCCUGUCUGGCUCAAUGGCAGCCACCCCCUAGAAGAGGAUGGCAUUGUGCAACGCCAGGCCUGUGCCAGCUUCAAAGGAAACUGCUGUCUGUGGAACGCCACGGUGGAAGUCAAGGCCUGCCCCAGAGGCUACUACGUGUAUCGGCUGGCCAAGCCCACCGUCUGCUUCCACGUCUACUGUGGCCAUUUCUAUGACAUCUGUGAUGAGGAUUGUCAUGGCAACUGCCUGGACACCACCGAGUGCGCAUGCUCUCCGGGAACCUCGCUGGGCCCAGAUGGGCAGACUUGCUUUGACGAAAAUGAAUGUGAGCACAACAACGGUGGCUGCAGCGAGAUCUGUGUGAACCUCAAAAACUCACACCGCUGUGCAUGCGGGGUCGGCCGCGUGCUCAGGAGUGACGGGAAGACUUGCGAAGACAUCGAAGGUUGUCACAACAACAACGGUGGCUGCAGCCAUUCCUGCCUUGGGUCUGAGAAGGGCUAUCAGUGUGAAUGUCCCCGGGGCUUGGUGCUGUCUGAAGAUAAUCACACUUGCCAAGUCCCUGUAUUGUGCAAGUCCAGCGCCAUUGAAGUGAGUGUCCCCCGGGAGCUGGUUGGAGGCCUGGAGCUCUUUCUGACCAACACCUCCUGCCGAGGAGUGUCCAAUGGCACCCACGUCAACAUUGUCUUCUCCCUCAAGACCUGCGGCACCGUGGUUGACGUGGUGAAUGACAAAAUCGUGGCCAGCAACAUUGUGACGGGCCUGCCCAAGCAGACCCCUGGGAGCAGCGGGGACAUCAUCAUUCGGACCAGCAAACUGCUGAUCCCAGUGACCUGUGAGUUCCCACGCCUGUACACCAUCUCAGAAGGAUACGUGCCCAACCUGCGCAAUGCCCCACUGGAAAUCAGGAGCCGGAACCACGGCAUCUUCCCCUUCACACUGGAGAUUUUCAAGGACCACGAGUUCGAGGAACCGUACCGGGAAACUCUGCCCACACUCAAACUUCGAGACUCACUCUACUUUGGCAUCGAGCCCCUGGUGCAUGUGAGCGGCCUGGAGAGCCUGGUAGAGAGCUGCUUUGCCACGCCCACUGCGAAGAUGGAUGAAAUCCUCAAGUACUACCUGAUCCAGGAUGGCUGUGUUUCCGAUGACUCAGUAAAGCAGUACUCAUCCAGGGACCACCUAGCAAAACACUUCCAAGCCCCCGUCUUCAAGUUUGUGGGCAAAGACCACAAGGAGGUAUUUCUACACUGCCGAGUCCUUGUGUGUGGGGUGCUGGAUGAGCGUUCCCGCUGUGCCCAGGGGUGCCACCGGCGAGUGCGUCGUGAGGUGCGUGAGGACGAGGACUCUGCUGGGCUGCAGAGCCAGACACUGACAGGCGGCCCCAUCACCAUUGACUGGGAGGACUAGUUCCUGCUUCCUUGCUUCCAGCCGUCCUCUCCUCUAGAAUGACUUCCUGUGUCCUCAGAGACCAUCAAAGAACCUCCUAAGACAGCUGGCUUCUUUAAAUCAUGUACUGUGAGUUUAGACAACCCCGCCCCAUGAAAGAACCGGCUGGCUGAUUUUGUCCCUGGGUUCGUCCAAGUCACAGCACUGCUGGCCCAUGUGGCCUCGGUGGGCCUCAGCUUCUGGAUUCAAAGAUCUGCAUUUCUCCUCAGGGAAGGACACCUCCCUCAUUUUCUCUGUUCCUUUCUUACAAUGAAAUACCUCGUUUGUGGUGUAACAGGGCCACUAAUGUAAGGAGCUGGGAAUGAUAUUCCAAGUCAAAAACCUAAAAUAAUGAAUGACUAAGAAUAUAACUCAUGAUCUCCUAGAUAUCUAAUAAUUAUGACAUAAAAUCUCAACCCCAGUAUAGAGUAUUUAAAAGGGAUUUGAAAGUCUAUCAAUAAAAUAAUGUGUAAGAGGAAA